AGCGAUUCCAUUCUAUCAUCACAAAAUUUAUAUUUUUAUUUUCCACACAUAAUUAUUCUUUAUUUUGUAUAACACCCAACUACUCAUUUUAAUGACAGUUUAUAGCAACAAGGUGUCAGUUUAUAGCAACAAGGCAUUCGGUUUUAAAUAUUUUAGACAAGAAUUAAAGAUGGCUGCUAACUCAUCCGCAAAUUCUAACCCACUGAUCGUAUCAUUUGGAGAGAUGGUGGUUGACCUUCUUUCCGAUGUUGCUGCUGUUUCUUCCGUUGAGUCCUCUGGUUUCCUCAAAGCACCUGGUGGUGCACCCGCUAACGUUGCUUGUGCCGUCAAGAAGCUUGGCGGCAACUCAGCCUUCAUCGGCAAGUUUGGAGACGACGAGUUUGGGCACAUGCUGGUUGAUGUGCUGAAGAAACAUGGAGUGAACAUUGAAGGCAUCUGCUUCGAUUCUUAUGCCAGAACUGCAUGUGCAGUGGUGAUAAUAAAGGAGAAUGGAGAGAGGGAGUUCAGUUUUUCUAAAGAGCCCAGUGCGACUAUGCUGUUGAAGGAAUCAGAGUUAAAAAUGGGUCUGAUCAAGCAAUCCAAGAUAUUCCAUUUCGGAUCUAUCAGCUUAAUAUCAGAGCCAAGUAGAUCUGCUCACAUGGCAGCCAUGAAUGCUGCCAAGGAAGCUGGAGUUUUUCUUUCUUAUGAUCCUAAUGUGAGGAUUGCUCUUUGGCCGUCUCCUGACGCUGCUAGAGAAGGGAUCUUCAGCAUAUGGAACUGUGCUGAUUUCAUCAAGGUUAGUGAUGAAGAGGUGGCCUUUCUCACUCAAGGGGAUCCUGAAAGGGACGAUGUUGUGUUGUCUUUGUGGCAUGACAAUCUCAAGUUGCUUGUCGUCACUGAUGGAGAAAAAGGAUGCAGAUACUUCACCAAGCAUUUCAAAGGAAAGGUCAAUGGGUUCUCAGUUAAAACUGUUGAUACAACUGGAGCUGGUGAUGCAUUUGUUGGGGCAGUUCUUUUCUCAGUGGCCAACCAAACUAAUCUUUUCCAUGAUGAGGAGAAAUUGAGGGAAGCUUUGUUAUUUGCAAAUGCUUGUGCAGCAAUUUGUGUAACUACAAAGGGAGCAAUUCCAGGUCUUCCAACCAGUUCAGAUGCUUUUGAGCUCAUUAAGUCCAAGGCCAAAUGAGAGCCCUUUUUCCAUCCAGUUUAAAAAAUUUUACAAGAACUAGCAUGCUCUUUUCUUCUCUCUUUAUUUUAGUUUCAAUUUUAGUAUUUCUUCUAUAUAAAAGCUAAAUAAGUCGUUAGAGAUAUUUUAAUAGAAAAUAAAAUUUUAUUAUGUUUAUUGCACUAUUAUACAUUAGUGCAUGUUGCAUUGGUGCUAAAAUAAAAAUAAAAAAUACAACAUGUGUUUUACUACUUGUAAGGCAAUAAUUAUAUUGUUCAGUUCAGAUAUUUAUGUUAAAAUAUGA